AUGGAGGACAUGCAGCGGCGCUCCAACUUCAACGCGAGCGAGCUGGAGCGAUUGAAGAAGCGGUUCAUGAAACUCGACAGCGACGGCUCUGGAUCGAUAGAUCGCGAAGAGUUCUUACAAAUCCCUCAAAUCGCUAACAAUCCCCUCGCGUCGCGCCUGAUUGCCAUCUUCGACGAAGAUGGCGGCGGUACCGUUGACUUCCAAGAAUUCGUGGGUGGCCUCAGUGCGUUUAGUAGCCGAGGAGGGCGAGAAGAGAAAUUGAGAUUUGCGUUCAAGGUGUACGACAUGGACCGGGACGGCUUCAUCUCGAACGGAGAGCUAUUCCUCGUUCUGAAGAUGAUGGUUGGCAAUAACCUCAAGGACGGACAGCUGCAGCAGAUUGUUGACAAGACAAUCAUGGAAGCGGAUAAGGAUGGCGAUGGGAAGUUGAGCUUUGAAGAGUUCGUCCAGAUGGUCUCAAAUACGGAUAUUGUAAAACAAAUGACAUUAGAAGAUCUGUUUUAG